CGUAAUUUGAGACCAAACAUCAUGCUUUUAUUCUGAAAGAAGGAGCCCGGAAGUGUUGUUGAUAACACAUAACCGCUGGCGGAAUGGCGAUAUUAGUGCCUGCUAAAUCAGGUUUUACCUUUAGAAUAAUGAUUUUUUUCUUGUUAUUCGUGUGUCCUAUGUGUUUACCGUUUUAUUCUUCAGCCAAGAGAAAUGACAGACCCAUUAUUGGUGUCCUGGCUCAAGAAGUUUAUUCACAAAAACCAAAUCAAACAGCUUACAUUGCUGCUUCGUAUGUGAAGUUCCUGGAAUCCGCAGGAGCAAGGGUUGUACCUGUCAUGAUUAACCAGACACUGGAGGAGUAUAAGAAGCUGUUUAACUCUAUUAAUGGGAUCCUUUACCCAGGCGGAGGUGUCAGCAUUAUUUCAUCUGGUUACGAAAGAGCUGCAAAAAUCUUUUAUGAGCUUGCUAUUGAGGCAAAUAGCAGAGGUGACUAUUUUCCUGCGUGGGGCACCUGUCUUGGAUUUGAGCAGCUGAUGCAUUUGACAAGUGAAAAAACAUUACUGUCGCAAACAAACACAAGCGGUGUGCCAUUGCCUCUGAACUUCACUAAUGAAAUCAAAGACAGCAGGAUGUUUAAAGACUUCCCAGCUUUACUCAUGGAAGAUCUGGCCACUGAGGCGCUGACAGAAAACUCUCACAAGUGGAGUUUGGCAGUGUUGACUCUUAACUCAAAUGAGGAGCUGAAAAAGUUUUACAAAGUUCUCUCCACAAAUACGGAUGGAAAGGUGGAGUUUGUGUCAACUGUAGAAGCAUAUGAUUACCCAAUUUAUGGGACACAGUGGCACCCGGAGAAAAAUGCAUUUGAAUGGACAAGGCCUUAUAUUCCACACUCUCCAUCAGCAAUCAAGACCACCUUCUACAUGGCACAGUUCUUUGUCAGUGAAGCCAGGAAGAGCUUGCACAAAUUUCAAACUGAGGAAGAAGAGAGCAAAGCGUUGAUAUACAACUACAGUCCUGUUUACACUGGGCCCAAAAGUGCUUUCGAGCAAAUCUUUCUUUUCUGAUUUGUUUUCUCUCGAUAUACAGCUCUGAAAAAAAUCAAGAGACCACUCCACAUUAAAACAAAAUAUCUAACUCUACAUGUACGGAAGCCAAUCCAGUGUCUGUUGAAUUCCAACACAGAGAAAUGUUGUCAAUAGUUUAUAUAAUACAAUAACAACAAAUAAAAAAACAUACCUAUAAGUAGUAAAACCAGAGAAAAUGAUAAUGCUGCAGUGGUCUCUUAAUUUUUUCCAGAGUUGUAUAUUAUUGCAAUAUAUUUACGCUAAUGCAUGGCAAGAUCAUGCUCUGGACGCUGUAUAUAGUAUAACAGAUGAGUUAUUGAAUGACAGACAUCAGAAAAAGUGGCAUUUUAUGUAAUCAUUGGUUUACUUGAUAAUGUUUACCUGCUAUUAUUUGAUGAGAUGUACACUUAUCUACAUUCAAUAUAACUUGUUUGAGUAUUUCAAAGGCAGACUGAUCAGUAUAAAUUCCCACCUGCAAACUGUUGUAAUUUACUCCUUUACGCUACAGCACCAGUCUGACAGAAAGACAGAUAGCGACUAUUUACAUGGUUAAGCUUUUUAUACCUAGUAAGAAUUAAACAGAGCCGAAAAGUACGUAAAUGCUGGACUCACAUUUGACGGAUCACUGGAAACAUGACUUCAAAUUUAUGGUGCCGUGUGUGUGCUACACCUGUAAAUAGGUAGUGUUUGAAACAUUAUAAGAACCGUGAUAUCUAUAUGUAAAUGCAUUUUUUUGUUUGUUCAAAAAAAAUCACCACAGCUUUAAAAUUCACAAUAAAACAGAUGAGUCAAAAACA